CAGUUGUAUAAGCGGUAUGCAUUUUUGCGAUGCGAUGAUGAGAAGGAGCAAUUUCUGUACCAUAUACUAUCGCUAAAUGCCGCCGAUUUUUACUGUUUCACGAAUACUUUUAAAAAAACGAAAAUGCUGUAUCGUGUUCUAUUGGUCACAGGCAGUUCUCGUUCAGCUCUGUCCUGCCCGAUUUGGAUUAUCAUCACCGGAUCGCUGUGCUCCACCACCACGAUUGCUCUUAAGCAAGGCAUUUUCGAAUUUACAUUUGAUCACAAAAAUCUUGGAAUGCUCUCAACGCUAAGGAUUGGUCAUGGUGAUUCUGCAUGUGGUGCACCUCCGAAGUGGUUUCUUGAUUAUCACAAAAAUCUUGGAAUGCUCUCAACACUAAGGAUUGGUCAUGGUGAUUCUGCAUGUGGUGCGCCUCCGAAGUGGUUUCUUGAUUAUAUAUUGGUACGAAAUGAAAUCACUGGUCAGAGCUAUCGGUUCAACUGUGGACGAUGGUUUGGUAAAGGUGUGGAUGACGGGUCAUUGGAAAGAUUGCUAGUUGCCGAAAAACAGCCACAGAUGGGCCCAGGAGAGGCCUUAUCGGACGAAAGCUCUUCAGAUCAUACAGUUAGUAAAACGAAUACUCGAAGUCGAACUCCGCCGCGCUCGCGGUCACCAAGCACAAGCCGAUCCGAAUCCUCCAGUCAUAAGUCUUCAAGGCUGCGACUAAACGAAAUACAGCAACAACUGGGCGAAGCAGUAAAUGCCUUGGUGAAAUACUUCUAUGCGAAUGCUGAAGCUCGAAGUCGUGGCGAAUUGACACAGUUGCUUUGUGCGCCUGGGAAAGGCUUUGUCAAGAAGGUUUGCAAGUGGUUUUGGGAUCUGAUGCAUAUGGAAGAUUCGAAGCGAUUGACACGUGAGCAGCGCUUGCUCAUUAUGCAGGCAUGUAACCUUGCUCGUCGCAUAUCCGCAAACACCUUCCUUGGCAAAGAUGGCAAAUUUCAAUUGGAUCACAUCUUAUCGGGAUUGCUGCCGUUGAUGGCGUGGACUCCGAUUACAUCGCAGAUGUACGACCAACCAUCGUUCCUGCGCACCCCGCAUUAUCUGAACUAUUUAUCAAAGCUAAUCAGUUCACUUAACGAAUUCCAGUUCACGCUCGAAAAGUCGCUCACAUAUGGUGUCGAAUGA